CUUUGCAAUGUCACCAUCUCAGAUGCCCUUCUCGAUCACUGACGUCUUCAGGUGUUCCUGGCAAAGCUGGCAGCAACCUGUUGUACUUAAUUGUAGGAGGAACGGUCACGGGGACGGGCGCUUAUGUGUACAAAACACUGAAAGAAAACAAAGAGCGAUACACCAGUCGUGUCACAGCCAUAACCAAGCGAUCUCAAGAAAGUGAAUCAUCUCCCUCCGCUCUGGGAGCUCGCCCUGAGGUCCCAUCUCACGUUCCUUUCCUGCUGAUCGGUGGAGGAACCGCUGCUUUUGCUGCUGCCAGAUCCAUUCGGGCUCGUGACCCUGGUGCCCGGGUGCUGAUCGUGUCUGAAGAUCCCGCCCUACCCUAUAUGCGGCCACCUCUUUCCAAAGAGCUGUGGUUUUCAGAUGAUCCAGAUGUGACAGAGACUCUGCGAUUCAGACAGUGGAAUGGCAAGGAGAGGAGUAUAUAUUUCCAGCCGCCGUCAUUCUAUGUGCCCGUUCGUGAUCUGCCUUCUGUAGAAAACGGUGGAGUGGCAGUUCUCUGUGGCAAGAAGGUUGUGCAUAUGGACGUUAGAGGCAACAUAGUGAAGCUCAGUGAUGGGACCCAGAUAUCCUAUGACAAGUGUCUAAUUGCCACUGGUGGCUCCCCAAGGAACCUUCCCGCCAUUGAAAGAGCAGGAAAAGAUGUACAACAGAGGCUGACGCUGUUCCGAAAGAUUGAGGACUUCAAAAGUCUGGAGAAGAUUUCCAGAGAAGUCAAGUCCAUCACAAUUAUUGGUGGUGGUUUUCUUGGCAGUGAGCUGGCCUGUGCUCUGGGAAGAAGAGCACGAACCAGAGGCCUGGAGGUGAUCCAGCUGUUUCCAGAGAACGGCAACAUGGGCAAAGUCUUGCCUGAAUAUCUGAGCAACUGGACCACAGAGAAAGUCAGAAGAGAGGGUGUUAAUGUCAUGCCUAACGCUGUGGUCAAGUCUGUCUCUGUCUCUGGCAAUCGGCUGACGAUUAAACUGAAAGAUGGACGAAAGGUGGAGACCGAUCAUAUUGUGGCUGCGGUAGGGCUGGAGCCUAAUGUGGAAUUAGCAAAGUCAGCUGGGCUGGAGGUGGACUCUGACUUCGGAGGGUUCAGGGUGAACGCGGAGCUGCAGGCACGCUCCAAUAUCUGGGUGGCAGGGGAUGCUGCCUGCUUCUAUGAUAUCAAGCUGGGCAGGAGACGUGUGGAGCACCACGAUCAUGCCGUUGUGAGCGGAAGACUAGCCGGUGAAAACAUGACAGGAGCUGCCAAGCCCUACUGGCACCAGUCCAUGUUCUGGAGCGAUCUGGGCCCUAAUGUAGGGUACGAAGCCAUCGGCCUUGUUGACAGCAGUUUGCCAACAGUAGGAGUCUUUGCUAAAGCAACAGAAAAGGACACACCGAAAAGUGCAACGGAGCAAUCAGGGACAGGGAUUCGAUCAGAGAGUGAGACAGAAGCAGAAGCCUCAGAAGUUCAGAUUGCUCCAAGCUUUUCGCCAAUGCCGCAAGUUCCACAGCAAGGAGAAGAUUAUGGCAAAGGUGUAAUUUUCUACCUCAGGGAUAAAGUUGUGGUAGGAAUCGUACUAUGGAACAUCUUCAACAGAAUGCCUAUUGCGCGGAAGAUCAUCAAAGACGGGGAGGAGCAUGAGGAUCUCAAUGAAGUAGCAAAGCUUUUCAACAUCCACGAAGACUAGACUCCGGAACGGGAGCACUGUGACAGCACUGCGUGGGGCAGGAGGG